AUGAGAAUGUAGAGUUAGUUAUUAAAUAUAUCUUUGAGUAUAUUGAUUAUUGUUUUGUUAGUGAAAAUAAAUUAAUCGUUGAUUAAGUAUCUUGCUUAAAACUAAAGUAAAGAGAUUUAAAAAAUAAGUAAACAAAUAGAGUAUUAUUAACACUUAUCUAUUUAUUAGAAUAUAUAAAUGAAGUUCAACUAUUUUUUAUUACAGCUUCUUUUAGUUUUUAAUUUAGCUAAAGCACGAUAGCAAAUCGAAAAUUGCAUCUCUUACUUGGUAGUCUACAUGGAUCCCUAAAACUAGUAAUUGACUUUGAUUUGCUAAGAGUGCUUGGAAGGAUAUAUUGUUGCAUCAGAUUUCCAAUCAUGCAUCUCUAAUAAAAACUUUCUCUACGAUUACAAAUAUUGUAAAAGAUUGGAUUCAAAUAAUUAGUGCGAUGAAGGACUGUGCUCUAUUUACAUAGAUUAAUAUGGAAAUUUUUUUUCAGAAACUGAAUACUACGAUCCCAGAUGCGCAAAGGUGGAUAAAAUUAAUAACAUUUGUCUCAGACCAAGAUUCCCUUUCACUUUGGUCUAAGAUGAUAACUCUUUUUACUACGAAGAUAACUACUUUUGCUAAAUAUAAAAUGCAAAUAAAGAUUGUAUCAAGAGAUAUGGAGGCUUUUAGUAACAGAACGGGUAUAAAAGUUUUAUAAUGCCUAUAAACAACAACUUUCCAAAUUAAAAUUGUUAGAUUUCUAACUGCAAAAGAUGCGGAUUAAUUAACAAUUUAUAAGAACUGCAAUAUUGUCAAGAGUGCUAAAGCAAUUUUUACUCAAACUACAAUCUUUUGUGUGAUGUUAAUUGCAUAUAAGACCCUGUAAGCUAAAAAUGUAUUUAUUGCAUAUUACCAGAUAAUAUUCUUAGGGUAGGGGAUCAAUGCUAAAAUAAAUUGAAAGAAGUUCCAAAUUGCAUAAAGAGUAAUUCAAUAGGAGUUUGUAUAUAAUGUAACGAAGGUUAUUUUUACCACAUUUAAAAUCAAGCAUGCUAAGAGAGAGUUGCAUCGAAAUAAAAUUGCAAAUUGGUCAAUCCUAUUUCUGAUUAAUGCUUAACUCCUGAAUGUUAAGUAGGUUUUUCGCUUAGUUAACAAUUCGAAAAUGACUUUUAUUAUACAUAAAGCUAAUAAUAUGAUAGCAUAAAUGUAUUUCUUCUACCUUCUGAAUAUCUCUAAAAAAUACUCCAAGAUCCCAAAUAAUAUAAAUUAUAAAACUAAAUUAUUAGCAUUGACAUUCCUGACAAUUAAGAUGUUAAAAUGAUUAUGCAAGACUUUUAUUACACUAACUCAAUUAACCAAAUGUGUGUAAAUACUCCAAAUUUAAUUGAUGGCUGUAUAUAAUAUUUAGGAAAUUUAUGUGUCUAAUGUGAAAACAAUAAGAUUUAUUAUUAAUAUAUGCCAAAAACAGAUUCAAAUGGAUUGUUUUACAAAAGCUAUUGUGGUGAAUCUUAAAAUUUAGGAGUAGAAAACUGUUUGCUUUUUAAAAAUAAUUAAUGUUUAAAAUGUAUCGACACAUUUUAUUUAGAUGGUGGACAAUGCUUAUAGAAUCCGAUUUCUAACUGCAUGAUUAUUGUAAAAGGUUCUGAUGGCUAAACUUUUUAAUGCUCAUAAUGCCAAAAAGGAUAUUAAUAUAACUCUUAACUAAAUAGUUGUGUUAUUAUACCAAAAAACUGUAUAGAUUAUCAAUGCUCUUAAUGUAUCGAUAACAUAAACUAUUAACUAAAUAUAAAUACUUAACAAAAUACACGUUCCUGUUUUCAAAUUAAAUAGUAAUAACCCCAAUUUGAGCCUUGUUAACAAAAAACUGAUGGAUAAUGCACUCAAUGUAAUUAUGGAACUUUAUUGUAAAAUGGGCAGUGCGUAUUAAAUUAGUCACCUUGCUUAAGAUUUUCAGAUAAUAAGAAAUGCUUAGAAUGUUAAGCUAAUUAUACUUUAUUUAAAGGAAUGUGCUACUACUCAGAUCCUCUGUCUUAUUGCAAUAAAUCUAGAUAUUACUAAAACUCCUCUGGAUAUGUGAGCAAAUGUGAUUUUAAUCCAAAUGCAUAUGAAACUGAAAAUGGACCUAAUUGCAUUGAAAAUUAAAAUUGCAAAGAAGGAGAGUAUAAAGAUGAAACAGGAUAAUGCUAAUAAUGUAAGUUUAAUACUCCGAGUAGAUAAAUAAAAAAAUGCUAUAAAAACUUCAGUUUAGAUAUUAAUGCUUACUAUGAUGAAAAAACUAACUAAGCAUGGAAUGAGCUUUAUAAUAAAUAUUUUCCGAUAUGUUUAAAUGGGAGACAUUUAAUAAAUAAUAACAGUGUAUGCUCAUAUAAUGUUCAACUGAAAUACCCAAAAAUUAUUAAAAAUUAAAUAACACAAAAAUACAUUAAUUAGUUUCCAACAAGUGAUGACGAUAUCAGCUAAGAAAUUUAGUUCGAUGACAAAAAAAAUUAAUAUUUUUGUCCUCAAAAGGUAUGGCUUUAACAGGCUUGGUAGGAUUCUCUAAGUAAAUGUUAAAUUUAAGUAUAAAAUUUUUGUUACUAGGGUUUUGUUUUUGAAGGUGGCAUAUGCUAAUUUAAGUGUGGGAAUGGACUUAUAUCUUUUUCAGAAGAUGGCUGCGCAACUUCUGAACAAUGCCAAUAAGGUAUGUAGUGGUAAAAUGAACUAAAAACUUGUAUAUAUCUUUGUGGUGAUGGUUUAGUUGCUUUUAAUAACAUGUCUUGUGCAACCACAACAACCUGCUAAAUGAGUGAUUAGAAUGAAAAGUCACCUGAAAGAUGCUUCAAUUAUAUAUAAAUUAAUAAAAGUUAUACUUACUCAGCGGGCAAUUCUUAUGGAUAUUUAUAUGCUCUAAUUGCAUUUCUAGUAAUUGCUUUGUUAUUAUCAAUCCUCUACAUUAGAAAGUUGAAAUAGGAAUAAAAAAUUUUUAAAAAUACCACAGUUGCUUCCACAUAAUAAGAAAAUAAAGACACUGAGUCAAAUAAAGAAUCAGAACCAUUAAAUCAAAAAGAAAUUAUUUAUAAUAAUCAAGAUAAUUUAAUUACUAUUUAGGUAAAUCAAGAUGACUUACCUGAAAUAUAAAGUUCUAAUGAAGAUUUUAGAAUUGAAAGUAAAAUUUAAAGAUAUAACAAUUAAAAAACCUUAAUAAAUUAGAUAGAAAAUAAGUUAAAGUAAGAUCUUGAAAAGCAAAUUAACAAUCAAUUUGAAAUAGAACUACCAUCUGACCCCUCCUCUUAAAUCAACUUCAAUGGUAUUCCUAAAUAUAACCUUAAACCUGAUCAUAGAUAUUCUUAAAGCUCAUAUAUUCAAAAUAGUAAUCAGCAUAUGAAAUAAAAAGAAGAACUUUAAAGGCAACACUCACUACAUCUUAAUUUGCAGUUUAUUGAUUAAAAAUAAAAAUGA